AUGUCCAGCAAUGUCGCCCGUCGUCUGCGACCCUGCCUCUUCCAUGGCUUCCAGCGAACACAGUGCCACCGUACAUUCUCACGUGUGCCGGCCCUGUACACCCAAGACGACACCAAGUCGGUGACACACGACUAUGAGAAACGUAUAGCUGAGCUUGAAGCCCAUCGUACACUGUCUGAAUGCUAUCCUCGUCUGGACAAAAGCAAUGGGAGAGAUAUCGUAGCGCUGGCUAAGUUCAGAAGGGACUGGGCACACUUGCAAGGAGAUGAGAUAUGGGAAGGUGAUGUGCCAGUCACGGUCGCUGGCAGGGUGAGAUCCAUUCGAACGGCUGGAAACAAGCUAGUAUUCAUGGAUAUCGAUGACAGCACGUGCAGCAUACAAGUCCUCUGCAAGUAUGGUCAGCUGCAAGGAGAGGGAGUAGACGUGAAGCAGCUCAAAGAUUUCAGCAAGGUUGCUCGGAAGGGCGACUGGUACACAGCAACUGGAUGGCCACACAAAACCAGUCGUGGCGAGCUGUCCGUCCUGGUCACGCAACUGCCUACCUUGCUUUCGCCAUCGCUACACCAGAUACCGGAGACUCUAGACGAUCCCCAGACUCGUGCACGACACCGCCAUGUUGAUAUGUUGGUCAAUCGUGAGUCGACAAUACCACUGCUCGUGCGACAUCACGUGGAGAAGCAGCUCAACGAUUUCUUUCACGAACACGAUUUUGUCAAAGUCAACACACCGCUACUAACACACGGAGCCGGUGGUGCCGUCGCCCGCCCAUUCGAGACAGUGGCGACUGAACUGGAAGGCCAGCAGCUAAACUUGCGCAUCGCACCUGAGCUGUGGCUGAAAAGACUAGUGGUCGGUGGCCUGACAAAAGUCUACGAGAUUGGCCCAGCGUUCAGGAACGAGGGAGUUGAUGCAACACAUAACCCCGAGUUCUCCAUUUGCGAGUUCUACGAGGCCUUCGCUACUCUCAAGGACCUGAUGCAGAAGACCGAGAGUUUGUUAAGCGGUAUGCAGACCAAGUUCGAUGAACUCAAAGCGCGUACCUUGGCUGGACUACCGAAUCUCGACAUCGAUCUCUUCGGACCAUACGAAAGACUCGAAUUCCUGCCUACACUAGAGCGUGAAAUAGGCCAAUCCAUACCCGAUCUCAGCGCUCCAGAGGCUCCGCAACAGCUCACGGAAAUAUUCAACGACAAAAACAUACCCCUCCCAGCAAACCCAACCUUACCUCGCCUCCUCGACGCCCUCGCAGCCCACUACCUCGAACCCCUCUGCCACGCACCAACCUUCAUAACCCACCACCCCGCCUGCCUUUCGCCGCUAAGCAAACACUUCCCCUGCCCCCGCACACACCAAACCAUCGCCGCUCGCGCCGAACUCUUCAUCAAGGGACGGGAAUACGCAAACAUGUACGAGGAGGAGAACUCGCCCUUUGAGCAACGCCGGAAAUUCCGGGAUCAAUUGCGGUAUCGGGAGGUGGAUGGCGAAGGGGAUGGGAGGGGCACGAUGGAUGAGGGGUUCGUGCAGGUUUUGGAGUGGGCGUUGCCGCCUACGGGGGGGUGGGGGUGUGGUGUUGAUCGUUUGGUUAUGUUGUUGAGUGGAAGGGACAGGAUUGCGGAGGUUUUGCCUUUUGGGACGGUGAGGAAUGUUGUUGCUUUGGGGAAGGGGAGGGUGUGA